GAGCAGAGGGUAGGCGGGGAUACAGGAAGGAGAAGGAGUCAGUGAUGUGGAGGAGAGAGUCAUCGUCUCACUGAUGCUGCUGAGUCACAAAAUACAGCAACACAACCGCAUCCCAUGACUUUUUGGGAAUAAUGGAGGAGCUCGAGCACACCUGCCCCCAUCCCCGGACGACAUUGACAGAACCUGCUCACUUCACAGAGGAGACCAGCUGUGACUGUCAAGCUCCACAUGAAAAGCUCACUAUCGCACAAGCUCGCAAAGGCACCCCAGUGGACCGGCCUGUUCGGGUUUAUGCAGACGGCAUCUUUGAUCUGUUCCACUCUGGACAUGCCCGCGCUCUCAUGCAAGCCAAGAACCUCUUCCCAAACACCUACCUCAUAGUAGGAGUGUGCAGUGAUGAGCUGACCCACAAAUACAAGGGCUUCACCGUCAUGACGGAGACCGAACGGUACGAGGCCCUGAGACACUGCCGCUACGUGGACGAAGUUUUACGGGACGCUCCCUGGACUCUCACACCCGACUUCCUGGAGCAACAUAAGAUCGAUUUCGUGGCUCAUGACGAUAUCCCAUACUCCUCUGCAGGAAGCGAGGACGUCUAUAAACACAUCAAAGAGGCAGGUAUGUUCGUGCCGACACAGCGGACAGAAGGCAUCUCCACUUCUGAUAUAAUCACCAGAAUCGUCAGAGACUAUGAUGUUUACGCACGACGUAACCUGCAGCGUGGAUACACAGCCAAAGAGCUAAACGUCAGCUAUAUCAAUGAAAAGAAGUACAGACUGCAGAACCAGGUGGAUCGUAUGAAGGAAAAAGUGCGCACGGUGGAGGAGAAGAGUAAGCACUUUGUAUAUCGUGUGGAGGAGAAAAGUGCUGACCUCAUUCAGAAAUGGGAAGAAAAAUCCAGGGAAUUCAUCGGCAACUUUCUGGAGCUCUUUGGACCUGAUGGAACGUGGAAACAGGUUUUUCAGGAGCGCAGUGGACGGAUGCUUUCCUACGCCCUUUCCCCCAGAGAGUCUCCCUGCAACAGUCCUCCUCGGGAACUGUCGCCCCUGCGCUCUCCCUCUCCCCCCUCACCACCCACCCGCUGGCACAGUGCUCGGCCGUCCCCCCCUACGUCUCCCAAGGGUGCGUCUGCCUCUAUAAGCAGCAUGAGCGAAGGGGACGAAGACGAGAAGUAGAUGGAUCCGUAUUUUGUACACACUCAAACUCACUGAGACGUCGCAGUGAACUGGCUGCAAUGAAGCCUGUGUGGGAAGAAGUAACAAAGACACUAAAUCAUUUCUCCAAAACAAGUUGAGGCUUUCUGCUUGUGCGUGGGAAAUGUUUCCGCACAGUAGGGAAAAAGGUAAUGGACAGUAAGAUGGGAGACAGGAGGGAUUAAAAAUGUACAAUGUUUUAAGUAGCAACGAGCUAAUUUUUCCUGUUCAACAUAGAUUUAGGAUGAAGCUAAACUAUAAGACCAAAACAUAUAACCUAAAACAGCUGAGCUCACUCGUGUGACAAACUGAGAAUGUAACUUUGUUGGACAACAAUUUGAACUACUAAAUAUUUUAUACGGUUUCUAAAAGGCAUUUUAAAUUAAAAUGUGGUUCAGAAUCUGUACCUGUAAAGUUCUUGGGUUAAACUAUUGUCAGUAAUGCCUGAUGCUGGUGAUUGUUGAUAGUAAAACAUGCUUUUCUCUAACACCUUUUUGAAUGUACACAGUAGGUUUUCCAGUGGGCACUUGAACUGUGCAGAAUCACUCCCUUUUGCCAGAUUAACACUUACCUGCUGUAAUUAUCAUUGGUUGUGGACUAUUAGUGAUUCACCGAUGCCACUUUGUAUCUUAGUAAUAGAAACGGUACAGUUAUCCUGUUGAAAAGCCAUGCCAUUUUCAUUGUUGAUGUCAGCUGUCAAAUCAACCCUGGUAUAAACUAAAGAUUUUCUCUUCUCCAGGAAACUGACGAUACUUGAAACAGCUCAUAAUUAUUGCAGCGCUUCAGGUAAACUGUUGGGUUCAUAAUAAAAUGGUUAUAGAUUUCUUUCCCAUAUUUUCAUUGAGCGACACCAGGCCAUACUAGACUUUUCAGCUACUACUGCAAUAAAAAAUAACUACAAUGCAAUGUAGAGGCCUCUACACACUAUUUAACUGCACUAUAUGUAAAAAUGGGAAUGUUUGACUUUUUUAUUCUGUAAACUUUGUUGAAAAUGGCUUGUUACAU